CAAAAAAACAUUUGAAUUCUUCCCUUAACCAAGUGACUCCACCUUUUGCGCUAAAGAAAUCUGCUUGCUGCUUUUAUGAGCAAUCAGCACUCCAGCAAACACUCACUCAAUCACUUCUGACUCCUGAGAGAGAAGACCUCUGUGCACAUUGACUCAUACAGAGUUCCGACAUGUCUUCAGUGGGACUGGAGAUACUUGGAGUGACUCUGGCUGUCCUGGGAUGGAUCUCAGCCAUUGUAUCCUGCGCUUUGCCCAUGUGGAGAGUGUCAGCUUUCAUUGGGAUGAACAUCGUCACAGCCCAGAUCACCUGGGAAGGCAUCUGGAUGAACUGCGUGGUCCAGAGCACAGGUCAGAUGCAGUGUAAAAUCCAUGACUCCAUGUUGGCACUAAGCGCAGAUCUUCAGGCCGCCCGCGCCCUCACUAUCAUCUCCAUUGUGGUGGGCAUUGUGGGAGUCCUGGUGGCCAUGAUGGGGGCAAAAUGCACCAACUGCGUGGAAGAAGAGUCGGCCAAGGCUCGGGUGAUGAUAGCUGCCGGGGGGGUCUUCAUCCUGGCUUCUCUGACCCAGCUGAUCCCUGUGUCGUGGUCUGCCCAUACGAUCAUCAUGGAGUUCUACAAUCCAAUCAUACCUGAGGCACAGAAGAGGGAGAUGGGAAGACGUUUCGGUAUGUCUGUAGGGCUGGAGUUGAUAGGCAUCUCCCUGUGCAUUUUGGGAUGGAUUAUUGCCAUUGUGGCAUGCGCCCUCCCCAUGUGGAGGGUGACGGCCUUCAUCGGCAGCAACAUUGUGACGGCUCAGAUCAUCUGGGAGGGCCUGUGGAUGACUUGCGUGGUCCAGAGCACGGGCCAGAUGCAGUGUAAGGUCUACGACUCCAUGCUUGCCCUCUCCCAAGACCUCCAAGCUGCCCGCGCCCUCACCGUUAUCUCCAUCCUGUUAGCCAUCCUGGCCGUGCUCAUCGCCAUCGCUGGGGCCAAGUGCACCAACUGCAUUGACGACGAGGCAUCCAAGGCCAAGGUGAUGAUUAUCUCCGGGGUCUUCUUCAUUGUUUCUGGGGUCAUGCAGCUCAUCCCUGUCUCUUGGUCGGCCAACACCAUAAUCAGGGACUUCUACAACCCUCUACUUACUGACGCUCAGCGUAGGGAGCUGGGGGCCGCACUGUACAUCGGCUGGGCAGCUUCUGCCCUCCUGAUUCUUGGUGGCGGACUGCUCUGCUGCUCCUGUCCACCACGUGAGACCAGAUAUAACCCUUCACGAAUGGCUUACUCUGCCCCACGGUCUGCAGGUGGCCCAGGGUUAGAAAGGAAAGACUAUGUGUGAAUGAAGGUCAAAGAGGAAAAGACAUUAUUGAAUCUCAAACCUGCUCUCGACACCAAACUGAGGGUGUACUGUAUAAAAGAGCUCAAGGAAACAAGGAGACUCCAUAAUGAAGGAUGUGUUUGAUUUUGCCUUUAAUGUU